ACCAACAUGGCGGCGGAUUUGAAGUUGCAAGGUCAGAAGACAAGUGGGGAUUCCACGACUAACGGUGGCGCUGAUUUGUGUAAUAUUCCUUGUUUAAGGCUACCAAAGCCGUUAGGAUAUGGAAUCAUUGCGCUGACAUCGUUAACCUGUUAUAUGAACAGCUUGGACUAUGAUUUGGUUCACGAUGAUGUUUUUGCAAUCAAGGAGAACUCAGAUGUUCGUCCCGACACCUCACUUUAUAAUUUAUUUAUGAAUGACUUCUGGGGCAAGCCGAUGUGGAGUAACACAAGCCACAAGUCUUACCGACCACUUUGUGCGCUAACUUUUCGAAUGAACUACAUGAUCCAUGGGUUAAAUCCUUUUGGCUACCAUGCAGUGAAUAUUAUUUUGCAUUGUAUGGUUUCGUUGUUGUACACCUUUAUGUGCGAUGUGGUGGCUUUCAAAUCAAGUGUUUUAGCACUUUUUGCUGGACUCCUCUUCACUACACAUCCUGUUCAUACAGAAGCUGUUAGUAAAAGGCUUUCUAUUUUGUUGAUUCCCCUGUAUAAUCAGUCAUUAGGCCCCUUUCAUCGUCGAACUUUUCAUGUACUAAACUUAAAACUUACUUGAGUCGACCCAGAUGAUAUAAGUUUGAUAUUUGAUUCAAGCGUUGAACUUUAUUAGAUGGGUCAAUUCAUUUUCACCAUGUACAAUGAUCUACAUCUGCUUACCAGUCAAAAUAAAUUGUGUGUUUCCAAAAAUUAUCCAUACCUUCCCCAUGGAAGGGAUUUUCCCUUAGACCCUCCCCCCACCCCUCUGGAAAUUCCAGUCAAGCUUCAUACAUUUACUUAAAUUUUUGGGCUUUUGAGAACCCCCCACCCCCAAGGAAUUUUCAAUCCCUUCUGUGGGGGGAGUAUGGAUAUUUUCUGGGACUGCACAUUAGAGUAAUUUAUGCAUUAGAUUUGGCAUUUGAAAAGCAUGGCGAUUGAAAAAAAGUCGUUCUGCAGUCAAAAUUCACAUGUGAGUCACUUGAACUUAUUCAUGGGCCGAGCCAAAUUACUCAUGUGGGACUUGAUUGAUUCAAACGUUGAUCUUUUCAUGUAGUGACUACUUAAUUGAAGGGAUUAGGUUAAGCGAGUGAAAUGUUCGACGACUGAACUGGGCUUUACGUCAGUACUGAUUAUGGUAGAUGGGCAAGUUAUGAUGGUCAAGAUGAUGGCAGCUGGGUUUCUUAUAUAGAUUUACCAGUUGUUUUGUUACAAAGUCAUUUCACUGAAAUUGUUUCACUGCAUAUCAAAAUCAUUUGCAAAAAUGUCUUUUCACAUCAGUUUGGAAAAUUUGCAAAAAACAAUUGGUUGCUUCGGAAAGAACUGGCCCCAGUUGUUCGAAGGGGUGGAUAGUGCAAUGGUUUCCGUAACACUUAUCUGCUGGUUAGUGAUUCAUCCAGUGGAUUUAUAACGCUAUCCAACAUUUGAACAACACGCCCCUGUUGAUUUGUUACCCCUAGUGUAUAACAUUGAACUUAACAAGCUUUAGACUAAGAGGUCCAUUCCUAUGGUACCAAAGUGAUAUGAAGACUACUGUAUAGACUGGUGGCCCUGGGCUGUUACAGGGUGCAAAGAAAGUCAGUUUUACAGCUUGCCAUUCAUACCAGCUGUAGCUAGCAUCUACUACAAGCCCAAGAUACAUUUUGACUGGCCCAAAAAUUUUUUUUUGAUGAGCAGGAUUGAUUGCAGUUUUUUUGUAAUUUGAAGUUCCCGAAAAACACCACUUACCCAUCUGUCAAGUUUGGCACAGAAUUCACUAGCCCAAUAACAAAAUUCACCAGCCUUGAGCUAUAAGACAUGAUUUUCUUUGCAUGCUGUGUUAGUGUUGCCAUAAUGAAAGUACUGCUUAUGGGCUUUUUAUGUUAUUGAGCCAUAAUAAUGAGACUUGUCAACUGUAUCUAGUCUUUAUUGCUAUCAAAAAUUUCAUUGCCAUUUAAUUUGUUUAAAAUUGGUACUUCUCAGGGCCAUGAAAGUCAAUUUAAGCCACAUCCACAGAACGAGAUUCUGGUACCUUUGGGAGGAGUUAAAUCACAAUCAUCAUUUUCACGGGAAAGUACCCCAGGGCUUUAGUCUCUGGUGGCAGUUAAAUCCUUGCUAUACACCAGUGUGCUUCUUAUCCCAUUAUUUUAUUAUUUCUUAGGUGACAGGUGUUGUGGGACGUGCUGAUGUAUUGGCAUGCUUGCUAUUUCUACUUUCAUUCCUUGCUUUUGUAAGGUACUGUAGACUGCUUUUAAUUCAUAGAUUUACCAUCUUCUCAAAACUUUGUACUUUUUCUUCCAAAAAUGAGAGCGCAUUUACUUCAUCAAGACUCUCACUAAACAGCAGAGUAAAAAAAGCCACUCUUAAUAGCCUCCUUAGAUAACUUUACUGCAGUAGGAACAUAGAACAUAAUUGAAAAAUUGAAAUAUGAGAGAUUUAUAUGUAAUUAUUUUCAAAAAUAUAAAGGGUGGAUUCAUUUUCAGUGUACUUGUUUAGCUCAGAGCUGUCAUUAAGAGCUGCGGGCCAGGGAUUUCCCCUGGCUACUAUGAGUGUGGUCUCUGGCUACUUAUUGGAAAAUAGAAGAAAAACAGAACCAAAAGAAAUCUCUAGCUCUUUGAUUCCCCGCCUACUUGUUGUAUUUACCCAGCAACUUGAAAUCUUAGUGACAACCAUGAUUUAGCUGUAACAGUUUGUUAGGUUACCAGCAAUGUUAUAUCUACAAUGGAAUCCCAAUUCUUUUAACUACCUUGGGAAAAACAAAUUAGUUCCAGUUAUUCGUUGAGGUAUAGGAUCCCUUGACAGGUUUCUUGAGGGACUGGUUUGAGUUGUACACUGUAACUUCUUUAUCUUUCCAUUGUGAUUGGCAGAUCAACCAGAGAGAGGAGCCAUUGCUGCAACAUGUACACAAUUCUUUGUGUGAUGUUUGGUUCGAUGGCAAUGCUUGUAAAAGAGCAUGGUAUAACUGUAUUUGGUGUCUGCGUCAUCUAUGAUUGUCUUGUAAUCCACAAAAAGUUAAUAUGGAGGUUAGAAUCUAAGAUACCAUUCUCAUUUAGUUAACUAUGGGCUAGUCUGGUAUAGAGCCGUUGUUAUAGUCGUUAUGCAAUGCUCCUCCCAGAAGAGUUGCAUGAUGAUACAAGCAACGGCUGUAUAGCAUACUAACUAUUGGCUGUCUAUUGCUAAGAAGGAUUCUUUAAAGUUUUUGGCGUAAUAAAAAAUCAUAUUUUUAAUUUUUCAUACAGCCAAAUCUCUGGGAAACAAAGCCAAUAGUCCACAUUCAAGGGUACCUGUAUUAUAGAGGUGGGGAUUGUUUGAAGUUUGGUAUCUUUGGGACCAAGGGGAGAACUGUCUCAAAUAAAGAGGUGUGCGAAAUGGGAGUUGAAAAAAGUCAGUACAUGUAGAGGCAAACUGGAAAACCUUUUAAGAAUAUUUAUAAAGCUUUUUUUCUGUUUCUGUACCUGCAGGUUUAUGACCAGUAGAGGAGCCUUGGAAAGUGAAACAGUGAAACCUCUUUUGUUUAGGAUGAUAAUUCUUUCAAGCACAGUGAGUAUGGUUUAUUUGCUUAAGCUUUGCUUUAUUACAUCUGUGACUCAUGCAUGGUUGCCUUUCACACAACAUGUAGCAAACGGUGUAUCUUAAGGUUACUACUACUACUACUACUACUACUACUACUACUACUACUACUACUACUGCUACUGCUACUGCUACUGCUACUGCUACUGCUACUGCUACUGCUACUGCUACUGCUACUGCUACUGCUACUGCUACUGCUACUGCUACUGCUGCUGCUACUGCUGCUACUACUACUACUACUACUACUACUACUACUACUACUACUACCACUACCACUACCACUACCACUACCACUACCACUACCACUACCACUACCACUACCACUACCACUACCACUACCACUACCACUACCACUACCACUACCACUACUACUACUACUAGAUACGAAGUUUCUAACGCGUUAUCACUUAGACUACCACACCUCCCAAAUGAGUGAAUCAUGCACACGCUGUUACAUUCAUUACUGAUAUAUGCUGUUUCAUCAAUCCUUCCUACAGGUCGUCGCCCUAAUGAUUUUCAGGGUAUGGAUGCUUGGAGGUCAUCUGCCAUACUUCACCAAACAAGACAACCCUGCAUCGUUCUCAGACUCUCUAGCCACUCGUAUAAUGACCUACUGGUAUCUAAUUGCCUUCAACUCUUGGCUGCUUCUCACACCAAGUGUCUUGAGUUACGAUUGGCAAAUGGGUAGCAUACCACUUGUGGAAUCACUUUGGGACUCUCGUAACUUAGCAACGCUGACGUUUAUUGUGAUAGCUGUACUUUUGGUUUACUCUUCAGUGGUGUCCAACAAAACUGACGUGAGUAUAGAAGACUGGCCCUCCUCCCCUGGGAUCCCUCUCUUUGCAGUGCUCAUUGUGAAAACUUCCCAUAGUGAGUCUGUCUACUGCUUAAAAAAGGGAAAAUUGACUGAAUAUAAAGUUCAUUAUUGUGAAAUGCAGGAAAGAUGUCAGGUACAAGGUAACGUCCCUUGCGACCCAGUAACUUCAAGACAACAUGCGUGGCGCCAAAAACUACGGCCGGUUAUCGUAAUAACUUAUACUUAUUUUUUAUUUGGUUUGUAUUAACCCAAAAAGAUGCCCUGUCAACCAUAAAAUCCCCAUUCAAGGUGUCUACCUAUUGUAGCGUAAAUUGCUCAUUUGUGGGUCGUGGGCAAAUUUUAAUGGGAGAUUAUCUAAUCCGAGCGACUGUUAUUUGCAGAUCUGUGAAAUUCUUGAAUUCUAAGCUAUAUCAAUGACCUAUUUAUCGCCGUUUCAGACUGCCUUCCCUGGUGGCCAGCACUUCUUCGUGUUUUUGCCAAGAUCCGUUUAUUUUUUCUUUAUGACGCUCCAUUUUACCUGAGAUAUUUGUUCGAGUUAUGUAAGUGCCCGUAUUAUAGCGUGUAAAACGUUUAUAUCCUAGGGAACUGUCAGCUGCAAUAAAGAUGUUUCCAUAUUUUGACAAUGUCUGCUAAAUUAACCUUUCUACUCGUGAUUGAUGGAGUCUUGAUUUCCUUCGCAGACUCAAACGUUGUGACCAUCCAUAUGGAACCUCCUUUUGAGUACCUUCACAUCGUGCUAUUUUUAUUCUUCAGCAUUUUAAAAAAAUAAAAUUUGGAAAUUUUGUCGAAUACUGACUUAAAACAAUUUUAGGAGUGUAAGGGUUAAGAGACAUUUCUUCCCUUAUUGUGAGAAUUUUACUCACGUUAAAUCCACUCUUUCUGACGGUUUCUUUUACAGCCUAAAGAACAGGAGAUUCUCUUGCUGUCCCUGGCCUUGUUGGUCGUUCCUUUUCUUCCAGCAUCAAACCUUUUCUUCAGAGUAGGAUUUGUGGUUGCUGAAAGAAUUUUGUAUGUACCAAGGUAAAAAUCGACUUAAUUUUAUGGCUUCUUUAUAUUAUUAAUUGACAUAGACUUACAUGAAAGAAAACACUGCUUUUUUUUUCUAACGGCAUUUCUCAAUUUUUGCCGACACUAUUUGUUACAAAAGGAAAAAGCGAGUCCUCCCUUCCCUACUCCCCCAAUAUAAUGUUGUUCUCCUGUUCAAACCAGUCACCAUUGGUUAGGGAUUGAGGUGGGGUUGUGGGGGGGGGGGGGGGGGGGGGGGGGUUGUUUUUGUGGUAUUCUGACACAAUUAUUGUAAAAAGAAAUGACCGCCACGUCCCCUCCCCCUUCCCCUACUAUGUUUUGUUUUUUCUGUUGAAAAAAAAGAGGUUUGGGGUUUGGGGUGGGGGGGGUGGGGGGGGGGGGGGGGGGGGGGUGUGUAGGUUUUUUUUGUUACCCGAUCCAUGGUCCAUCGACGACAGUCUAAGCAUAGUCUAAGCAUUUGUGUCGCUGAUCUUGUCUUUUCAAACUUAUUACUAAUUCACAAGCCGUGACUUUCUGACAUGUCUGGAUAACUGCAGGACAAGUGCACCACUUGCAGUGACUACUUUUAUUGAUUUUCUGGAAACAAUGCCCCUAACGUUUAUAACAACAGGAGGUGCUGGUUACACGAACUUUAGCCAUUGUCGUAUAAUCGCUAUGUUUGAGAAAAUAAUCCUAUAAUCGAAGCAUUGUUUUAUCGCAAUUUUAAACACCUUGAAGUUCGCCAACUCUCGUUCCGUAUUUGAUAUGUUAUGGAACACUCUUUCUUAUUGAUGUAAUACUUAAAUACGUGUUUGAUUGAAUGCUGCCAUGGAGUCUUUCAUUUAUUUUUGUAGCAUGGGGUUCUGCCUACUGAUUGUUUGCGGGAUUAAUAGACUGGCCUCGUUUACAAGAAGUGACAGAACAAUUUUUAACACGGAUAAAACGAACAAUGGUCAACGAACGAAAGCUUCGACAUUUUCAGAAGCGUCAUCAACGACAAAGCUACUGCAAAAGACCUUACUACUAGUAUUUUUCAUGCUGACUGGACUUUUUUGUUGGAAAGUUAUUGUCCGUAACCGAGUGUGGAGAAACAGAGAGUCCUUAUUUAGGUGAAUAUCAAUGUUUUUUCUUGAAUACUUCAGUUGGUGUAAAUAGUGAUUUUGUAAUUGCUUUGACUUUGCAUUAAAACUUCAACUAACCUUUAUUUAUAGAUCCGGGGUUGAAACCCUUCCUCACAAUGCCAAAGCUCACUAUAACUACGCUAAUUUUUUAAAGGACGUUGGAAGGAGCAAGGAAGCUAUACACCACUACGAAACAGCCCUAAGGUGAGUCUUUUUUCAUGAAUGCCGUAUCACUGGUGGUACUUUGAACUGAAAAUCUUCGUAGGAGCGGUUUUUGCUUAAAAUGCCGUUAGAACAUGCUUUUGAAAUUAGUACUAGAUUUCGCUUAAGUCGACUUACAAGAGAUCGAUAGUCAGGGGACUCCACUAAAACAGACUUCAAGAAGUCUAAGGUAACAGUUCGUCCCGUCGUUUUGGAAGAAAAAAAAAAGAAAAAUCUUGAGUUGGUACAGAGUGUACAGUAGGUAAAUGCUAACUUGACGAUAUCGCUGCCUUAUAAAGUCAAGUAUUUCUAAAAGAACCGUGUUUUUCUUUUUGGUGUGUGGGGUUAAUAUACUACAUGGUAUGCUUUGUUUUCCCUAUUCAGAUCACUUGAUGUUCUCAGGGCCUGUUUACAUGAGAUGAGCGAGCCCGGUUAGCCGGGCUAGCCCGCUUAACCGGGAUGGCUCGGCUUUCCGUUGUGUUUAUAUGAUUGGGGUAGUUUGGUGGUGACACCUAUUCGCGCGUAAAUACGCCAUCUCAAAGUUGCUUCUCACAGAAAUGAUAUUGUCUAUUUCCAUCUUUAGGUUGGCCCCUGAUCAUGUUAGCACCCAUAACAAUCUCGGUACACUCUUGGAAAACAAUGAGGUAUGACCAAGAAAUUUUAAAAUUCUUUUCUUGCUCAAAGACAAAACAUUGAACCCCCGUCCAGAUUCGAACCCAGAACCUCGUUGGGUCGGGCUCUCUAUCCUCCAAGCUACAGAGAGACUCGUGGGGAGCCGAGCAAGGCCAUUUAUUGAAUUUUUUUUAGAAACCUUCUUGCAUACAGUUACGACCAUUAGUGUUGAAUCAGGUUCUCUCUGUAGGUACCGAGGCACAGAUUACGUACAACAAAAGAACCAAAAGAACCAAACAAUAAAGCCCCCAGGAGAACUCUACUGUUUCUUUCCUUUGUUUCUUUUAUGAUGACGGUACCUGCAGAAAUACCUAACCGUUGCCACAAUUUUGAGCCGAUUUUUAAAUAUAUUAAGUAGUAAAAUCUCAUUCGGAACUCCGCCCAGUACGGAGGAAGGCCCUCAUCAUUGCCCGCUGCUGGGGAUGCGAGAAGCGAUGAGAAGAGGUUGUAUUCGCUGGCUAUAACUUAUAGAUAGUUAUCACAACUUACAGUUGUUUCGCCUAUAACUGAAGAAAAUAAUGACUGAACAAUGAACGACUAUUCCGGUUAUAUGUCUUAAUUCGCCUUCAGAGAGCCAUGGAGCAUUUCUAUCAAGCAAUAAGGCACGAUCCUUACCAUGCAAACUCCUACUUCAAUCUUGGAACACGUUUAGCGUGAGUACCUCAUAAUGUAACUUCAGAUAGAUCGUAGGGAAGCACUCUUUCCUUUUUUUGAAAAGGCGUGUUUAGUAUAGUUAGCAUCGCCUCUUAACCAGCUCCAGGUUAACGUGUAAUAAGCGACGUGGCCUCCAUCCAAACCUGCGGCGCGCACCGCCAUUUUUGACGAAGAAACCCUGCCAUUAAUAUAGGAAUAACAGUACUGUUAUUUUGUAGAGGCGUCUCUAAUAACUUAUACACAGCGAAAAAUGACUUCACAGUCAAUACCCUUUUGUCUAAGUUGGGAUUAGAACUCCAAAUUCACCGCCAAUUUUUUGAAGCUAAGAUUUGGCAAAUGUCUGUUUGACUGAAAACAUUGUUCUAAUCGUUACAGUUGUGUAAAAAUAGUAUCCUGUUUUUUUUUUCUUCUCAGGGCUUUGAAGCGUUUAGCUGAAGCUGAAACAAUGUUGAAAAAGGCACUCGGGUGAGUAUACACUGAACUGCAGAUUCUUCCGCUCUCAUGUUGCUUAAAUUGUGGCACUUUACGCCUCCACUCUUUUUAUGGUAGUUUUUAGUUAUUUAUUUUCAAAGAUAUAUCCAGCCGUUUUUUUAAAAAUUACCUAUCGAAAAUUGCAGCCAUUUGACUGAAAAGAGGCCAGAAAGGCAAGUUUCUUGCAACCGAUAAACCCGAAAAUCACACUACGAAACGAAAAGAAGAGGAAAAAUAGAGAGAGAUAGGAGAAAUAAAUAAAGAAUUGGCUACUUUUGAACGAAAAACACUGGUUGACGGAAGAGGUCUAUUUUGGCGGUAACGUGUUCAAAAAUCCCGCUACACAACUUUAUUUAUUUGUUUGUUUCAUCUGUCGUGCAGUGUAUUCUUCUCUUGUGUUAUCCCAGUCAAAUUAAAAAAAAAGACAAAACAGAGAAACAGCCAAUUAUACUUAAAUACUUAAUCCUAAAUCUUAAAUCUGCAAACCAACUAGGAUACAAAAAUUUCCUCUAUGCGAUGUCUUUGUUGCUUUACUCUUAAAAAGUAACUCGAUGGAACCUUGUCUUCGCCAUGAUUUACUCAUAUCAGUGUUCUUCUCAUCAGAUUGAAUCCAAGUUAUCUGGAUGCGGUAAUGAAUAUCGCUGGUGUUCUUAGCGAUCAAGGGAAACUGGUUGAAGCUGAGGAGUUUUACAAAAAAGCGUUGAGUUUAGAACCACAAAACGCUGAUGCGCACAACAAUUAUGGCGUUUUCCUGGGUAAAAUGGGUCAGACAACAAAAGCCUUGGAGAAAUACAAAACUGCAUUAAAACUGAACCCAAGUCACUCAGUAGCUUUGGUGAACAUGGCUCGACAAUUGCGUGCCUCCGGGAACAUUCAUGAUGCGGAAAAAACUUAUAAAAGGUUUGUGUAUAUAUUACCACAAAAUCCUGAUCUAAGUCACUUAGUGGCUUUGGUGAAUUGUUCACGAUUUAGAUGCCAGAAACAAAACAAAUGCUGAUCUAAUUUUCUCGCCAAGCGGGUGAUCCAUGCAUGCUAUUCUGUUUCCCAGCGAGGCCUGGUUUUUUUGCGAGACUUAAUAAACCAAUCAUCAGUGCCCUCUAUUUACGAAUUUACAGAGCAAGGAAAUUCAGUUCAAGUGAGUCAGGGCUGUAUUUGACACAGGCAGUCUAUUUCAUUCCCCUUUAUCUACGAGUUUGCCUCCAAUGUAGAAUCACAUCUUCCUGUAAACUCGUAGCUAGGGGACCGGGGUUCGACUAGCCUUUGACGAACUGUAUUUCCGCAAAGUAUGUUUUAUCCUACAAUUUUUCGCUGAAAUGAUCCUGACAACUUUGUUAGCUACAAGGGAUAUUCAAAAAUGAGGCCGUGAGCCGUAAAGCUCACGCCCAUAUUCCCGUACCCUCAAUAGCCCGCACAGGACAGCUGGCUUCCGACUGAGGCUUUCCAAGAAAUAAUGGCCAAGACACUUUAGUGACACUUUCGUUUUCUAUUAUUUAAGACUACAAUGGGUAAUUUAUUUGUUUAUUUUCACCUUAGAGCUUUAUCAAUAAAAAGAGAGCCAGGUACUUUACAGCUUCUUGGUGUUUUAUAUUACCACAAUAAUCAAUUGAAGGAAGCCGAGGCGACCUGGAAAGAAGCGCUGCAACUGGCGCCAUCAAAUGUCGAGACUUUGUCAAACUACGUGAGUGCUUUUUGUUUUUCUUUUUUCCUCUUCGCGCAGCAAAAUUUUUGAAAGGGAUUAUUUCUUAAGGGAAAACAAUUCUGCGUUCUUUGGGAGUGAAACAAAAGAAAUGAUUAACCUCCGUAAAAAGAUUGAAAAACUGACUUUUUAACGGCAAGCCCUUUGUUAGAGCGAAUCCGAUUCGCCUACUUGUCACCUGAAAAGUUUGUGAUUGCCGAUAAAACAGAGUAGGCGUAGAUUAUUUGUCGCCUGGAUUUUACGUGUCCAACCUUAGUCUAAAUAAAAAUGAUGAUUGUGGCUAAUAAAAAUGGCCGAAGCUAGCAUGCAGAGCCACUGGAAACAGGUCUAAUCUUCCUAAGUCUUAUGAAUAAGUGUGUAAUGUGUGUUAACUAGUAUAGUAGGGACCGGUCAGGCCACUUUUCUUGCGCAUUUAUUUAUGAGAAGAAGAGGUCAUCGGCGUUAAUGUAUUCCUGCGCAAAUAAAUGAGAAAUGGGCCUAACCAGUCCCUAUCAUGCUAUUGUGUUUCACAAUGGUGUGUUGUCACCCAUUAUCCAUCCGGCUUGAAUCCCCCUGCCUUCCGUUUGGUGUUUUCGUCAUUUGUGGCUUCGUUUCUGCCAACGUUUGAUUUCUGUUAUUUCUAUUUCCAGGCCAUUCUUCUCAGUCGAACAAAACGGCUCAGCGAGGCCGUGAAUAUUCUGAAGGGACUGGUGCAAGAUGAUCCCCAGAACCUUGCACAUUAUAAAACACUGGCCGGAAUGUAUGCUCAAAAGGGACAAGUAAAAGAUGUAAGGUGUUUAGCCUUCUAAAGGACUGUUUUGUUUUCCAUUUUUAUUUGUUAUUUUUUUUCGCGUUUUCUGAUUUCCGUUAAUCUGUUAUUCCCCGCUUGGGAUUGUUUUUGAAGAGUAGAAGGUCUGGAGUGUGACAAGUCUUCGUCUAUAAAGGUGAUGUUACACAAGACGAUUCGCAACGACUAUUUUUAGCGCAACACAACGUUGCAACAUUGUUUCGAAUAGUUAUAACGUUGUUCCAAUCUUGCGACGCUGUGUUGCAUUAAAAAUCGUCGCUGCGAAUCGUCCCAUGUAACAUCACCUUAAUUAUUUAGUUUCUUUAUUGUUUUUGUUGCAGUCACUACAAGUUAUUAACAACGCCCUUGAACUUCAUGCUGGUGACGCAGACCUUUAUUUUCAUCAAGGCAAUUUUUAUAAAGAUUUGAAGAAUAUGCAAGAGGCCCAAAAGGUUUGGGUUUUUUUAAUUGUCCUUUUGAUCCACACCAUUUAUCCCCUUUCUUUUCCCGCCCCUUUAUUUCUCUUCUUUGUCAAUAAUAUGGCAGCCACAUCUUUUUUGGGCUCCUUAUCUUCCUCGCCUCUUCCAUUCUUCCUUAUCCAGAUUGUCCUGCUCCUUCUCUCCUCCAGUAUUUUAUUUUCCCAUUCCUCCGCCACUUCCAUACUUGUUUAUAACAAAAAAAGUAAGUAAUGACCAUUUUUGUCGCCACACAGAGCUUCACGUUGGCUCUUCAAUUGGACCCAGAACACUUCAGUGCUCAUUUAAACCUUGGAGUUAUCUUUCAUCUUGAGGUAGGUUGCGACUAGAGAUUAUAGAGAUGAUGACAUGAUAUAUUUAAUCUGUUUAGACUUGCCCAGAAUUCCUUCAUCUUUGCCAAAUCAUUUGGCGACACUUGCUCAGGCGAAGAGACAAUCAUUGUUAAGCAGUCAUAUUGUUAAUUAAAUCUUGUCAUGUUAGAUCUAUAAUUAGAGAGCUUUAGAUCCUGAGACGAGGACGACUACGAGUACGAGAUUUUCUCAGUACUAACUAAUACUCUUGCGUGAGCCAACGUGAUUUUGGCGGGAAAACGUGAUAGCCGUCGUCAUUCUACUACGAGUUUUAGCGAGAAUGUGGUAGUGCCGGGAACAUGUUAUCAAAUUUUAGAAGUUUUAGCAUUUUGCUAUCUGGAGAGGGCUUAACUUCCUUCAGUAUAAAUAGUCGUACUAACUGUUCUGGAGAAAAUAAGUAAAAUGAAUCUUUCCAGGGUGUUGUUUUUUUUUGAGUACACGCGCAAAAGUUUUAAGUUAAAUCUCAUACUCGUUAUCGUCGUCAAAUCUAAAGCUUUCUAAUACCGGAACAGUCAACUCUCUCGACGAAGAACACUUUGGGACCAGCACUAAGUGUCCGUCUAAGAGAGGUGUCCGUCUUAUAGAGAGUCAAAUAAAGGGAGUAAAGAAAGGCAGGGACCAACUCUACUUGUCCGUUUUACCGAGAUGUCGGUCUCAUUAAGAUGUUCGUUAAUAGAGAGUCGAUUGUAUUACUCAAUGACAAAUGUUAGUAAAUACCAGAGAGGAAACUUUAAUUUUGCGCUUUACUUUUUACAGGGCAAUUAUGCGAAAGCACGCUUUCAUUAUGAAACUGCUGCUAAGUUGAAUCCAAACGACAACACUUUGAAACAAAAUCUGGCAAAGCUACAGCGCCUUGAGAAAAGAAGUCAUGAGUAA